AUGACCCAACCAAAGAAGCCCACCGGCAAACCCGCCGACACCCCGCCGUCGCCUCCUAGCAGCCCCAGCCAUGAGCACAGCAAGUGUGCCCUGAAGGAUGAACCGAUGGUUAUGAAUAAGUUCCUUUGUUCCACUAAACCAACGUCAGCCGGUCAAUUUUCCCCGGAGCACCCACAUUCUUCCCCAGCUAUGACACCUUCGGGAUACCCAACCCAGGAUCUCCCCAAACACCCUCAUUCCUCUCCCUCCUCGACGCCACCCCCCAACUAUAGUACUCCUUGCGUUCCCAGCUUUGUAACCCGGGAAGAGCUCAAGGAGAUUCUGGUGGAGGUCCUUCGAGCAAGGGAAUCAUCGGGUACUGCGCAGACCACCCCCAGCCCAACCACCGAGCCAGACACGCAGGCGGACGAGCACAAGUUGGCUAAGGAAACGAAGCUCGCGUCGAAGCUAGAGUACAAGACCGUGAACGACAUCUGGAACAAGAAGCAGUGUGCUUACGAGGUCACGGAGGGCCUGGAAAUCCCAACGGACUCAUGCGACAAAUAUGAACAAUAUCUCUUCGUCGUUCGACGUAGACACGACCGUAUCACCGGAGAGAUCAAGACCUAUCUUGACUUCAAAUCGUCUGAGCUCGUGGGUAUUCUUCGCCGCGUGAUGCACAGUGUAUUGGCUGCCAAUUUGCGGGAGGAUAAGCCGACGGUGCCAGCCGACAUUCUCUUCCAUUUUCUACCGGAAUUCGAGGAUCAGUAUAAGGGCCUUGGGGACGAAUUUACUGCCCGGGAACACCACGGCGUACUUGUCGACUUCCUGAAGCAACACUUCUCUCCGUUGAAGGAUCGUUUAAAUCCUCUGCUGGACCAUCAGGAGAUCACAUUUGAGCUCCUCUGGGCAUUGUUCAAGCCGAACGAGCUUAUAUUCAUGAUCGACCAGUGUUUAGGGCAACCCCGAUAUUUUGUUUAUGACUCUGUGUUUGGUGAAGUGACAACGAUGAUCCAGGUUCCAAAAUUUCGAUCAGCCAGAAGGAUAUCCGACCUGGGGGUAUUCCCUCUAGAUUAUCACCGCCAAAAAGCCGAAAUCGAAGCGGAACUAGCUGAGCGAGGUCGCAAGUUUAAGAGCCUUAAGGGUGUUACAUAUAACGAAUAUGAAGGUUUUGCCUACCUUAAAAUACUAAAAGGCCUGUUCAAGUUCCACGUGACUGGCCGUAUAAUGGUUGACGCCUUAGCCUUUAAGGAAAAGAAUCCGAACUACAGAUUCUUAUGGGUAAAGGAAGAGUCCUUAGAUAGAAAAGAAAGACAUGGUCAAGACGAUGGUGGAGAGCCACAGACCCGGGCGGAGAAAUCGUCAUUCGACAACAUUGUUGUCGGAAAAGGGAAAGGUCUAAUAUUCCUACUGUACGGGCCUCCUGGGGUUGGGAAAACUUUAACAGCGGAGAGUACCGCAGACCUCCUCCGAAGGCCGCUCUACUCGGCCUGUGCCGGCGAUUUUGGAAUCAAGACGGAAGACUUGGAAGGCCAUCUGUCUAGAGUCCUUGAUCUAGUUCGUCGCUGGGAUGCGAUAUUGCUCCUGGAUGAAGCUGAUGUCUUUCUGAGCGAGCGCAGCCUCCAAGGUCUGCAGCACAAUGCUCUCGUCUCCGUGUUUCUCCGCUCGCUCGAGUAUUUCGAAGGGAUCAUGUUCCUUACGACCAACCGACACAGCACGCUAGACCCGGCUAUGAAAAGUCGGAUACAUGUCGGCAUCAAGUAUGAAUCGCUAAGCAAGGAUGCGAAAGCCCGGGUGUGGGAAAAGCAAUUGAGCAACGCGGGUGCAAAAAUUUCGAGAAAGGAGUUGGAGAGGCUUCUCAAUAAAAGCUCGAAUGGGCGACAGAUCAAAAACAUUGCCCGCGCCGCAUUCGCAUUAGCCAAGGAAGGAGCGGUAACCGUCACACAUAUUGAAACAGCCCUGAAAUGCGCCGAAGAAUUCGAUCAAGACUUCCAUGGCGCGGGAGCGUUUGACAAUAUGAGAGCCUAUACUUGA